AUGUCGCAGGUUAUCAAGUCCAUGUGCUUUGCUAGUGAGCUGCACAACAUUCGGACAGAGACUAUACAACCAUGGGGACUUCCCGAGCGUUCCUACUACGAUCUCACCCCCGAAGAUGAUAUCGUCGAGUUUCACAACGUUCACCUUCCCUCGGAAGAUGCUACCGAGAGGGUCAAUGAUCCUAUCGUCGCCAUCAUUGGCGUCGGCUAUGUUGGAGAGCAACUUGUCGACAACUUCUCAUCGGCCUACGAGGUACUCGGUUACGACGUUUCAGAAGCCAGGAUAAGCAAGCUCAAGCAGGUGUUUCAAGGCAACAAUCGCGUCCGAUUUACCCGAAAUCCGGGAGACCUGGCAGCAGCCACACACUUUCUCAUAUCUGUCCCGACUUUGCUGCUUCCAGACAAGACGGUCGACUCAUCAUUCAUCCGGAGGGCUUUGGUUGUCAUUGCCAACUAUGCGAGCAGGGGCUCGGUGGUUGUCAUUGAAAGCUCCGUCGCCGUUGGCAUGACACGACAGCUAUUGGGCCCAAUGGCAAAAGAGCAUGGGUACUUUGCUGGAAUGUCUCCGGAGCGCGUCGAUCCCGGGCGUGCAGAACCCCAUUCGAGCGCUAUUCCAAAGAUCAUAUCCGGGCUUGACGACCUUGUUCCCGGUUCUCUCGACAUGAUCACGAAGCUCUACUCCCAAGUAUUUCGACGAGUGGUCCCCGUUUCCAGCCCCGAGGUUGCCGAAAUGACAAAACUCUACGAGAACUGCCAACGAAUGAUCUGCAUCGCUUACGCCAACGAAAUGGCGGACGCUUGUCGACUGCAUGACAUAGACCCGUUUGAAGUAUGUCGGGCGGCAGCGACAAAGCCAUUCGGGUACAUGCCAAUCACGCCGGGCUUGGGCGUAGGAGGCCACUGUAUUCCUGUCAAUCCCUACUACCUACUCGCCAACAACCAUUUUCCUCUCCUCGAAACAGCGUCCGAAACCAUGAGAACACGUCCGGCCGCGAUUGCGGAGCGAUUGAUCAAUAAAUUGGAUACUGGUCUUGGGAAGAAGAGGCUGCGCCCAAACGUCUUGGUGGUCGGCAUCGGCUUCAAGCCGGGCCAGUCCCACCUGGCCAACUCUCCAGGACUUACCCUCUCCCAGGCUCUAGUUCUGACAGAGAGGGUGGAGGUGAGCUGGCUAGACCCUCUGGUCGCCCAGGAGGCCGUACCGCAGAUCAUGCGUCUACAUCCCAACGAAUGGACUCCCGAAGUAGUGGAGGAAGCCUUCGACAUGGUCGUUGUUGCUUUCCGGCAACAUGGGGUCGACUUUGCUGUCUUGGACAAGAUUCAAGGUGUACAGAUUGAAUGGUGGUGUCCACAGGAGGGCUAG